GAUAUUCUUGGAUUUGUAUUAUCGUUCACCUAGCAACUAAGAUAAUACUGAUAAAUUACCCUCGUUCCGCCACAAUUAAGCUUUUUCUGUCUAUGUCAUACAAUAUUUAGAAGGUAUGCGUAACCCUCAGAACAUAAAACAAACAUCCUGGAAAUAAUUAUAAAAGUAUUUAGAAUAUAGCAUAAGUAUCCUUUUAAAAAAAAUGAAGAUCUUUGUGAUAAUGUUAUUGUUUAUUUUCGGCGUAAACAGCGAUGAUUCAAUUUUUAAAGAUUUGAAAUCAUAUUAUGAAUUUAGAGAAGAUUUUGAAAGAGACACUGAAUUAUUCAAUUUUACUUUGGCAAGACCAGUAUUAAGGACAUAUUUCGAUCCAACAAAUUUUCCAUUCAAGAUUAAACCAAUAAAAGAAUCUAUUCAAUUCAGUUUCAUUUUAAAUGAAAAUUUUGAUUAUUCAAUUACCACCACUUAUGAUUUUAAAAUAGUAGCUCAAGAAGGUGAAGAGAAUUAUUAUAGUAAAACAGUUCAAAUUGAAAUCAUAAAAGUAAAUAAGUAUAAACCAUAUUUUCUUCAAUAUAAUGAUACUAUAAAUUUAGAAGAGGAAAAAAUUCAUGGUGAAGUUUUAAGAAUAUUGGCCAAAGAUGAUGACAAAAAAGAUUUUAUUAAAUGUUAUAUUGAAAACAUUGACAAACUAGACAGUAAGUUCUCACUACCGCAAACUCCAUUUAGUGAAGAUAAAAGGCCUCUUAAUAAUGUUACUCUGAAAAAUAUAGAAAAAUUAGAUUAUGAAUCAAUGACUUCUUAUAGAAUUGUGAUAAUAGUCAAGGAUAAUCAACAUGAAAAUCAUGAAAAGAAACUAGAAGGAACUGAAUUUUCAGAUAAAGCAAUUAUAUAUGUCAACGUUGUUGAUAUAGAUGAUCAAAACCCAACUUUUAUUAAAGAUUGUGGUGUACAAAAGAUAAGAGAGCAUUCUAAUGGUACUGUGGCUGUUGUCUAUGCUAUUGAUGGAGAUCGUGGCAUUAAUAAUCCUAUUCGAUACAGCAUUGAUGAAAAUUUGCAAUCUUCAUAUUUUGGAAUAAGAAAAAAUGGUGAAAAUGGUAUUCUAUUUGUGGAAACAGAUAUUGAUAGAGAAAAUGAGACUAUUACCAAUAAUCCUAUCUUAACAGUUAAUAUAAUUGCUGAGGAAUAUUACGAAAAUGGUACACGCGCAUUUAACCGAACAACAAUAAGUACUUGCACAAUAAUUAUACUUGAUAUUAAUGACAAUAAGCCACUAUUUAAUGAAAAGCAUUACGAAGCAUCAGUAAAAGAGAAUACACAAAUAGGAAUACCAAUUACUUUAAAUAAUGUUUUAAUACCAAAAGUGUCGGAUAUUGAUGAAGGUAAAAAUGCUAAAUUCAAACUUUAUCUUGAAGACCAUGAAGACAUAUUUGCAGUAACACCAACUCAAGGAAGUAAUGAUAUUAUCUUUAUGAUAAGAGUUAAUAAAUCUGAAGAAUUAGAUUAUGAAAGAGAAGAUUUACUAGAACCAAAACAGUUUAAUUUUAAGAUUAUAGCAGAAGAGACUGAAACAGAAGAAGGUUAUUAUUCAGUAGUGAAUGUAACAGUAAAUCUUGAAGAUGUAAAUGAUAACUUUCCUCAGUUUUUAUCUGCUGAUGUUGCUUAUGUUUAUGAAAAUGCUAGCCAAGGAGACUUUGUAGCUUCAAUUAUUGCUACCGAUAUUGAUUCUGGUUAUUAUGGAACCAAAGGCAUUCGAUAUAGGUUGAUACCAAACUACAUAUCUGAUAGUUUUCAGAUAGAUAGAAUAACAGGAGAUCUAAGAGUUUCAAAGGAUGAUCAUGGAUUUGAUUAUGAAAAAAUUCAAGAUUAUUAUCUUACCAUAGAAGCAAGAGAUGAAAAUGGCACAGGAAAUGCAAAUACAACUCAGUUGCACAUUGUUAUCCUUGAUGUUAAUGAUAAUGCACCUAAGUUUUGUUAUGAGAAUUAUAGUGGAUACUUAUUGGAAAAUUCAAACAAAUUUAUGGAUAUACUCCAAAUACAGGCAACGGAUGCUGAUGAACCUAAUUCAACUAACAGUAUAGUUAGAUACCAAAUUAUUUACGAUGCUUUUGAACAGUUUACAAUUGAUCCAGUAGAAGGUAUUAUUACUCCAAAGUCGUCAUUAGAUUUUGAAGACGAUGAGCCUCCUGUAAAUGAUAACUGUAUAACUAUUUGUACUAAAACAUAUUUCUUAAAAGUAAUGGCUUAUGAUCUUGGAAUUCCAAGACAAUCAUCUGAAGUUUCAGUUUAUAUUACUUUAAUGAGUCAUACUACAAGUAAAAACAUAAAUAAGACAUUUUGGGAAGAACAAGAAUCAUAUAUUCUGGUAGCUACUAUUGGAACUUUAAUUUUUUGUAUGCUACUAUUACUUAUUGUUUAUUACAUUCGAAUUAGCAGUUACAAAAGACUAUUAAAAGCAGCAACUGCUAAGGCAUAUACUGACACAAAUGAUUAUAAUAUGACAAAAGAAAGUACAGCUAUUGUACCCAAUACUAAUCUUCAUGCUAUGCAAGGAUUUAAUCCAAUAUGGAAUCAAGAUGAAGCUGUUAAUGUUUUUCAGAAUAAGCUGAAAGUGAUAAUGGAAGUCAGAAUUCUUUAGAUAUUAAUGAUGUUGAACCCAACUUAUGUAACAAUGGUGGAAAAGAUAAUCCUAUUUUUAUACCAGACAAUGAAAAUGGUGAAGUUAAAAGCUACAAUAGUCAACAAAUGUACAGUUUAAAUAUAUGUGAUGAAGACCUUAAAUGAAGUGAAAAUUGAACAAAAUGGAUUUAUUGAAAGCAAUCAAUAACAAUUGGAGAAGAAAAAAUUCAAAAAACUAUUUUAAUACUAAAUUAAUAUGCCUCAAUGUCCUUAAUUUAUUCAAAUAU